CUUUGGCAGUCAUUUUCGGGUAGCCGAGGGUUCCAUUUCAGUUCUUUUUUCCUUUAGGUUUUGAGCGUUUGCGGCACUCUUGGGGAUACCCGAGUCAUUUCAAGUAUCAGAUUUUACCAUACGACUGGUGAUGGCUACAUAGACUAUACAUUAAGGACAAAUAAGAUUUACUCCCUCGCGUCGUCAGCUCAUCUUACCAGUCUCACUGUCGCCGAUUUUUAUUCUUCCCAAACAUGGACGACAAAACCGCAUACAAGGCCAACUACCGUUGUCACGAACCGGGGAUCACACCGGAUCAAGUGGCCGACAGUUAUACUGAUAUGGCUCAAAAUUAUGAUGAGAUUUUGAGUCCUGAACGGUACAGAGGUCCCGAGAUAGCAGCCGAUGAGGUGGCAGCUAGAAUAUCUGAAGACAAACGCAGAGCUGUCAAAGUCAUCGAUGUUGCCGCUGGGACGGGAAGAGUUGGUUUGUUGCUUAAGGACAAAGGGUUCUCAAAAAUUGACGCCCUGGAGCCAUCGAAGGGCAUGAUGGCUCUCUUAAAGCAAACUGGAGUCUAUACAAACACUUACUCCGAAUUCCUUGGAGUUGGACAAAAUUCAGUCCCCAAAGAUACUUAUGACGUCUUAGUCAUCGCAGGUGGCAUGGGAGAGGGCCACAUACCUGUCAAAGGCAUCGAUGAUAUGAUCAGAAUAACGAAGUCUGGCGGAUUUGUCAUCAUUGUGAUGAGGAAGGAGUACCUAGAUUACGUCGAGGAAUACAAAGACAAACUGAUUCCUUACAUGGAUGAGAUGGAAAAACAAGGAAAGUGGACUAAGGUUGAACUCAAAACCGUCCAUAAUUACUCUUUCAACAAGGAUGGACUUGUCUUCACGUACAAAGUCGUAUAGGUACUUAUUGUUAAUUAGCCAAAGUGGUGAUUGAAUAAUUUUCAUAUUCCAUUUGAAGGAAUAUGAAAAACACUGCGGAAAUUAUAUUGUCAUAUAAUGUGUCCAGUAAAUGUACGACCCUCUAUACAAUAGCUACCUAUACAUUUGUUUUUAAAUGUCACAUUUUUAAACCUAUGUUGCUGCUUUUUU